AUGGCGCCCGGCGUCCUGUCCUACUCCUCCUCGGGGACAUCGCCUUCGGCAAGUCCUGUAAUGAUGACCCCGAUCGAUCACUCCGAUACCACGUCCGAUGGCUUCACCAGCCUGUCCGUGGGGCCCCUAGAUGGCGUCGGCCUCAACAUCCACGGACAAUCCUCGAACGGUAAUGGCCACUCCAACGGCCAUUCCAAUGGCGGCGCCGGCAGCAGCGCAAACGCGGCCUACACGAACCCAGUCGGUGGCAGCGAUGCCGGAUUGAAACAGAUGCCCAUCGCCAUUGUCGGCAUGGCUUGUCGUCUGCCGGGCAGCGUCUCCAGCCCUGCCGAAUUCUGGGAGCUGUGCUCCCGCGCCAGAACCGGCUUUACUCCCGUGCCCAAGGAGCGCUUCAACCAUGAGGCCUUCUAUCACCCCAACCCUGGCAAGACUGGCGCUUACCACGCCGAGGGCGGUAAUUUUUUGAAUGUCGACCUGGCUUCGUUCGACGCCCCCUUCUUCGGGUUGACGGAGAAGGAGGCCAUCUCCAUGGACCCUCAGCAGCGUCUGCUGCUCGAGUGUACCUUCGAGGCGCUCGAGAACGCUGGUAUCCCCAAGCACACGAUCGUUGGAAAAGACGUCGGUGUCUUUGUCGGCGGCAGUUUUGCCGAGUAUGAGAGCCAUCUGUUCAGGGACAGCGACACGAUACCCAUGCACCAGGCCACAGGAUGUGCCCAUGCGAUGCAGUCCAACAGACUUUCACAUUUCUUUGAUCUCAGAGGGCCAAGUUUCACGGCAGACACCGCUUGCUCGGCUAGUUUGGUAGCCCUUCAUUUGGCUUGCCAGAGUUUGCGUGCCGGCGAGUCCACCGCCGCUAUUGUUGGUGGUUGCCAUCUGAACAUGUUGCCUGAGUUUUGGAUUUCGUUCUCGUCUUGCAGAUUGCUUGCGGACUCUGGCCGCUCUAUUGCAUUCGACCAGCGUGGUACUGGUUUCGGCCGUGGCGAAGGCUGUGGUAUGAUUAUUCUGAAGCCUCUUGAUCAGGCCAUCAGAGACAACGACUCCAUCCGUGCCGUCAUCAGAGGCACUGGUAUCAACCAGGAUGGCAAGACCCCUGGCAUCACGAUGCCCAGCGGCGCAGCGCAGGAGAAGCUCAUGAGACAGAUCUACAGAAACGCUGGACUUGACCCCAGCGACUGCGGAUAUGUCGAGGCCCACGGCACUGGUACCAAGGUCGGUGACCCGAUCGAGGCCACCGCCAUUCACAACGUCAUUGGCCAGAACAGAUCGACGAAGGACCCUCUCUUCAUCGGCUCCGUCAAGUCCAACAUUGGCCAUCUUGAGGCCGCCUCCGGUAUUGCUGGAGUCAUCAAGGCCGCCAUGAUGCUGGAGAGAGGCUUCCUCCUCCCGAACCACGACUUCAAGAAGCCCAAUGAGAAGAUCCCGUGGAAGGAGUGGAACAUGAAGAUCCCUGCCACUCAGAGGCCUUGGCCCAAGAACAAGAAGUACAUCAGUGUCAACAACUUCGGUUUCGGUGGCACCAACGCCCACAUUGUCUUGGAGAAGGCGCCUUUUACCGCUGCCCCCAAGAAGGACAAGAACCUGCCUCCCCCGGAAGCCAAGAAGGUCAAGGGCACCAAGAAGAUCUACGUCUUGUCCGCCAACGACAAGAACUCCGUCGGUGCUGUCAUGAAGAACCUUGUUGUCUACCUCGAGCAAAGGCCCGAGAUCUUCCAAAACGACCUGAUGGACAACAUUGCAUACACAUUGGGCUCGCGUCGCUCUCUGCUUCCCUGGAGGGUUGCUAUCCCUGCCUCGGAUUCUUUCGAGCUCAUCGAGACUCUCAACAGCGGAAAGGUCAUCCCCGGCAAGGAGACUGAGCCUCUGAGAAUUGGCUUCGUCUUCACCGGACAGGGUGCCCAAUGGUGGGGCAUGGGUCGUGAGCUUUACGGCGCAUACCCGAUCUACACCGCCGCCAUUGACAGAGCUGAUGAGUGCCUGAAGAAGCUCGGCGCCGAGUGGUCUCUCGUCGAGGAGCUCAGCAAGGACCAAGAAUCAUCCAGAGUUGGAGAUGCUCACAUCAGUCAGCCGGCUUGCAGUGCCGUCCAGCUUGCAUUGACUGAUCUCCUCCGCACCUGGGGCAUCCGCCCUGCAGCCGUUGCCGGUCACUCCAGUGGUGAGAUCGGUGCCGCCUACGCCGCCGGUAUCAUCGGCUUCGAGGCUGCCAUGGCCAUUGCCUACCACAGAGGUCGUCUUGUCCCCAUCUUGAAGAAGAGGAACCCCGACCUUCGCGGUUCCAUGAUGGCUGUGGGCGGUAGCAAGGAGGAGGUCCAGCCCAUGAUUGAUGCGUUGAAGCAGCAGCAAGUCAGGAUCGCCUGCUACAACAGUCCUUCCAGUUUGACCAUCUCCGGUGACACCGACGCUCUCAUCGAGCUCGAGAAGAACCUCGAGGAGAAGCAGAUGUUCAACCGGCGCCUGCAGAUCGAGACUGCCUACCACUCCCACCACAUGAACCUGGUCGCCAAGGAGUACAGGGAGUCCAUCUCUGAUCUCCCCCACCCUCAGACCACUGACGUCCGCUUCCACUCUUCUCUUUACGGCCACCAGAUCGACGGCUUUGAAUGCCAGGCUCACUACUGGGUCAACAACCUUACCUGCCCCGUCCGCUUCUCCGAGGCUCUCGAGACCAUGUUGGAGCCUGUUGGCGAGCACAAGACUGGUGUCAACAUGAUCAUCGAGUUGGGACCCCAUUCCGCUCUUCAGGGUCCCAUCAAGCAGAUCUUCAAGCAUGUUGGAGAAGCCGCGACGAAGAUCCCAUACGUAUCUCCCCUCAUCCGCAAGAAGGAUGCUGUUGAGUCUGCCAUGGACUUGGCCUGCAACCUCAUCACCAAGGGUGCCAUCCUCAACAUGGACAACGUCAACUUCCCCAACCUGAAGAAGAAGCCUUCCCUGUUGACCGAUCUUCCUCGCUACGCCUGGAACUACCAGAACAAGUACUGGCAGGAGUCUCGCAUGACUCAGAUGCACAAGUACCGCAAGUCGCCCAGAAACGACUUGAUCGGUCUUGAGGCCAUCUACUCCAGCGACCUUGAGCCCACAUGGAGAAACAUCAUUCACCUUGAUGACCUUCCAUGGCUGCGUCACCACGCUGUCCAGUCUGUCACAAUUUUCCCCAUCUCUGCCUUCAUCGGCAUGGCUCUGGAGGCUUCCGCUCAGUGGGCGCAGCGCAAGGAAAUUUCUUUUGAGAAGUUCGAGCUCAGAGAUGUCUCUGUUGUCAAGCCUUUGGCCCUUCAGGACGCCGAUGUUGAGUUGACCAUCAACCUCCGCCCUCACCAGGAGACCAACCUGACCGCAUCUGAGACCUGGAAGGAGUUCCGCAUCUGCUCUUGGUCGCACGGCAGCGGCUGGACCGAGCAUUGCGUCGGUCUGAUUGCCCUACACACCACCGAGACCAACGAGGUCGACGGCAAGGAGCAGAAGCUGGCCGCUCUUCGUGGCGCUGAGGCUACCAUCAAGGCCAGCGAGGGUCCUGAGGCUGUUGCUGUCGCUGAGGCCGACAUCUACGAGCGCCUUACUGAGCUCGGUGUCGGAUACGGACCGUCUUUCCAGGGCAUCAAGGACUGUAAGGCUUCCAGCAAGUACGCGAUGGGUAACAUCGCAGCCUUUGACGUCGCCGCCGACAUGCCCAACCAUUACCAGACCAGCACUGUGCUCCACCCGACUUUCCUGGAGUCCGUCAUCGAGAUGUACUGGCCCAUCCUUGGCGCCGGCCGCACCGACAUCAACACCGUCUACCUGCCCUCCUCCAUCGGCAGGAUGUCCAUCGCCCGCGAGAUCACCGCCCUCACCAAGACGCCUGGCAGCACUCUCAAGGCUUACUGCAAGGCUGACUUCCCGGCCGAGGCCCGCUCUACCAAGGUCUCUGUGUUCGCCACUUCCGAGAAAAAUGACCUCGUCAUUGAGAUUGAUGAGCUCACCGUUUCCCCCAUCAUUGAUGGUGAGACUGAGUUGGCCAGCAACCCCGCUCGCGAGCUCUGCUACAAGCUCGAGUGGGAGGACAUUGGCAACUUGAAGUCGCUCUCUGGCAAGGCCAAGACCAAGAUCAACGGCGCUCUCGGAGUCAAGGUUGACGCUCCUCUGCCUGACGUUGAUGUCGCCAUCAUCCACGGCGACUCCAACUUCCAGCAGACUUUGGCCAACGGUCUCGCCAUUGCCCUGGCCAGUGCUACCUCCAGACUUCCCGAGAUGGGUGGCAUGCACGAGGUCAACACCGAGGGCAAGCUGACCAUCGUCCUCACUGAGAUCGAGCAGCCCUUCCUUGCCAACCCUACCAAGGAGCAGUUCGCCGAGGUCCGCAACAUGCUUGCUGGCGUCCAGGGCUGCCUGUGGGUUGUCCGUGGUGCCUACGAUAAGGCCACCUCGCCCGAGUCCAACAUGAUCAUCGGUCUUAGCAGAACCGUCCGCUCCGAGACCGUUCUGCCCUUCGCGACUCUCGAUCUUGACGACAACAACCAGCUGGACGAGGAUGACUCUUCUGCCGUUAUCUUCGAGAUCUUUAAGCUUGCUUUCGGCGCCAAUGCCUCGUCCACAAGCGAGCUUGAGUUCAUGGAGCGUUCCGGCCGGUUCUUCACCCCCCGCAUUGUUCACGACGAGGAGAUGAACGAGUUCGUCCACCGCGAGACCAACCCCAGCGUUGUCGAGCUCCAGCCCUUUGGCAAGGACAACCGAUACCUCAAGAUGGAGUUCUCUACUCCCGGUGCCAUCGAGACGGUGCACUUCGUUGAUGAUGUCUCUGCUACCCAGCCUCUCGGAGACGAUGAGGUCGAGUUCGAGGUCAAGGCUGUUGGCAUGAAUCUUCGCGAUGUCAUGCUUGCUAAGGGCCAGAUCCCCGACGCCGACAAGCACGCCCUUGGUGUCGAGGCUUCUGGUGUUGUCACCAGAGUCGGCUCCGCUGUCAAGGCUCACAAGGCUGGCGAUCGCAUUGCCGCCCUCACCAUCAAGCACGGCGCCUAUGCCACGCGCACUCGCACCACCUCCGCCAACGUCAUGCCCAUGCCAUCCAAGAUGUCUUUCGAGGACGCCUCCACUCUUCCUCUGGCCUACUGCACCGCCUACUACAGCUUGAUCGAGCAGGCACGCCUCCGUGAGGGUCAGCGCAUCCUGGUCCACUCCGCUGGUGGUGGCAUUGGCCAGGCUUCUGUCUGUCUCGCCAAGAUGAUUGGUGCCGAGAUCUUUGUCACCGUCAGCACCGCCGCCAAGAAGAAGCUCCUGAUGCAGCACUACAACGUCCCCGAGGACCACAUCUUCUACAGCCGCAACACCACCUGGAGAGCUGCUGUGAGGCGCGCCACCAACGAUGAGGGUGUUGACGUUGUCCUCAACACUCUGCCGGGCGCUGACGCUCUGAGGGAGAGCUGGGCUUGUCUCAGCCGCUUCGGCUGCCUCGUCGAUGUUCGUAGGAAGGAUGGCUCUCGCGCCACCCGCCUCGACAUGGGCCAGUCUGAUAACAACGCUUCGUUCUUGAGCGUCGAUAUCUUUGGCCUCGCCGCCGAGAGGCCCAAGAUCAUGGAGAGACUGGUCACUGACGUCUCCAAACUCUUGGCUGACGACCAGCUCCGCCCCAUUGACCCUGCCACCAUCUUCCCCGUGUCCUGCAUGGAGACGGCCUUCAAGACGCUUCAGACCACUCAGGGCCCCGGCAAGCUUGUCGUCGUCCCCCAUGCUGAGGAUGUUGUUAUGGCAACGCCUUCCAAGGCUGCGAAGGCUCUUCUCAAGGCCGACGCCACUUACCUCCUCAUCGGUGGUACUGGUGGUCUUGGUCGCAGCAUGUCCAGAUGGAUGAUCGAGCACGGCGCCAGAAACUUGGUACUCCUGUCCCGUAGCGGUUCCGCCACUGGCAAGGUCAAGGUCCUCAUUGACGAGGCCGCUGAGGAGGGUGCUCACGUCACCGUCCGCUCCUGCAACGUCGCCGAUAAGGCCAGCGUUGAGCAGCUGUUCAACACUGGUCUCAAGGGCCUGCCGCCUGUUCGUGGUGUCAUUCACGGUGCCAUGGUCCUUCGUGACGUCCUCUUUGAGCAGAUGAAGUUCAAUGACUACAUCUCCGUCACCGAGUCCAAGGUUCAGGGUGCCUGGAACUUCCAUCACGCUCUCCAAGAGCGUCAGACCGAGCUUGACUUCUUCAUCGCCAUCUCCUCCGCCGCCGGAGCCGUCGGCAACCGUGGCCAAGCCGCCUACGCCGCUGCCAACUGCUUCCUCAACGCCUUCGUCCAGCACCGCAUCGCCCUGGGUCUGCCCGCUACCUCCCUCGAUCUUACCGCUGUCUCCGACGCCGGUUACCUGGCCGAUGGCAGCGCUGAGCGUGCCGCCGAGGUCGCCAAGAACUUGGGCUCCGACAGUAUCUGCGAGGCCGAGGUGCUCGCCCUCAUCGGCGCCUCUAUCUCGGGUAAGACGUCCGUCUGCAACCACCACGUCAUCACGGGUAUGCGCAUCACGCCCACCAUCCAGCCCUUCUGGACGCCAGACGCCAAGUUCAAAGCCCUCCGCCUGGCAGCUGAGGAGCUUGCCGCCGCCGAGGCUGGUGCCAACGGCGCCGUGUCGCUCAAUGCCGCGCUCAAGGCGUCGCGCAGCGAGACGGAGGCCAUGGAGGUCGUGUGCCGCGGUCUGGUCGAGAAGAUUGCCGCUGUGCUCAUGAUGGAGACCGAAGACCUCGACGUCACUCGCAGCUUGUCGCAUUACCCUCUCGACUCGCUUGUCGCCAUCGAGAUCCGUAACUUCAUCACCCGCGAGUUCGAGGCCAACAUGCAGGUCCUCGAGUUGUUGAGCAGUGGCAGCAUCCAGACUCUCACCAAGGCUGUCUGCAAGAAGAGCAAGCUUUGCGUCGGAUUUGACUGGAGCAAUUAG